CAUCACCAGCCCGAACAAAGAGCGGAAGCCCUCUGAACCAAGCUGCCCAAGGUCUCUCUGUGACUCAAAUGAAAAUACACACCUCGUUUGGUACGAAAUGCAAAGCUGAGGCCAAGUUCGGUUUUUUUUUAAAAUUGAGAACGAUUACGACCGAAAGCAAAUGCGACAAGGCUCCUCUGAAAGUAGCCCUGCCAUCUCGAGCAUGAAAUAAAUUUCAUGAUAUCAGUGGAACAUCAGCCGAUACUCCUGUGUCAGGAGCUGGUAAGGAGGUGGAAAGUGUUUACUAAGUGAGCCCACCAGAAUACCAGGCUCCUGUUCCUCUGGGAUAGAAAACUGGACAGAACCACACAUGAUCUGCUGCAGAUGUACCACAACCAGCAAAUUCUGAUGGAAGAAGAAACAAACUCGUUAAACCGUUCUGAACCCAGACGCACAGCAGCAGCCCGGUGGUGUUUUAAUUUCACUGCUCCAGCAUGACCUCAGCCAUUACCGCAGACUUAGAGCUGGGCGAGUUGCUGCAGGAGUUCCAGGAUGUGGUGGAGGAGUUGAAGGCCCCUUCUCAAAGCAAACCUCACGCUUACCAGCACGUCCUGCAGCAGGCCAAAAGUCGCACAGGGCUGGGCGACGACAGCGGAGUCGAGGACUCUGAUUACAGCAGUGAAGCUUCUUUGGGAAACAGUUUGAACACCAGCGAGGAGGAGCUUCACACAGCAGGGAUAACGCUGGCACCGAAAGCCAAGCUGGGAGACACGAGGGAACUUGAGAGUUUUAUCGACAUGUUGGACCGGGAAAUAGCAGAGAUGUGAACAGAGCGUAAGCGAGCCACGCAGAGGGGGGGCAAAACAGGCCAGGGGCAACAUGGCUGACUACUGCCGAGCAGACAGGCAGAUCUACACCAGAGCAGAUCUGAGGGAGCGAAAGCUCCCCUGGCUGCUCCAGGGGAAAAGGUUAACAUCAGAAAUUAAAAGGGCACUCCAUUCCAAAAUGCAAGAACACCGUCAGACCCCUGGCGACGCCGCGUCCAGCCGGCAAGAUGACGUCCCUCCAGCAUCUGAGAGAUGUGACAUAUUCCUGAAAC